AUGGCUGCUUUUGCGGCGGGAGGAAGAGGAAAAGACAGUCAACCAUCAACAUCAUCAACGACGACAACAACAACGUAUCAUCAUCAUCCAAGAUGGAACGUGCGCGCCUUCGCGCAACGAGGACGAACGAUGGUAACGAGAGAAACAGAGAAGAUGAGAGAGAAGAUUCGCGAACACAACAACAACAACAAAAAGAACAGAACAGCCGCAGCUGUGGACGACGACGACGGGGUGGUGGUGCAAAGAACACGAAGAAAAGAAGAAGAAUUAAGAGGACGACGAAAACGUCGUCAUCCGGUCUUGGCCAGCGUUUCGCAAAACAGCAACAUCGAUACUAACACGGCAAGUACCACCACCACCACCACCACCACCAUCGACGCAGACGAAGACGAAGCGCCGUCGACUUCGUCCAAGGACGACGAGGUGCCGGCUUCGAUUGGCGAGACGUUGGUCACCAUCGCCUUAGACGAAGAAAGUGGGUUGAACGUGAUCACAAUAAUCACCUGGGACCGACAAGGGUUAAUGUUAGACAUAGGCAACGCUUUGAAUAGUUUAGGAGUAUCGGUGAGAGAAGUAGUGAUGAAAGCCGGGGCGGACGGUUUCGUGGAGAGUAAAUUUCUCGUCUCGAGCAUGGAUAUGGGUCCUUUAGCGGAGAAAGAGUGGGAUAAAAUCAAGGAGCGUUUACGCGUGAGUUGCUUGCGCAGAGGCGUACGAAAACCGUGGCAAGAACGCGAAUCAAGAUUGAGAGAAUUGUUCAACAGAAUUGAUUCGACGGAAGCCGGAUCUAUUGGUCAGGACGAUUUAGAAAAGUUUGCGCAAAGUUUGAGAAUGCCGAGAGCCUUCGUGCACGAGUUUAUCUCGGAAGCGUCCUCGAGACAGGACGACGACGAGACCGGGAAAGUGAACUUUGAAGAGUUUGCCGCGUUCGUUAGAUCGAAAGAAAUAGCCUUAGAAGAAGCGUUUGAUAGUUUAGACACGGACGAUGAAGGUAAAAUUACAGGAAAGAAAAUGAAGCAAAGUUUGCGGACGUUAACUUUACGAAGCGGUAGAAACAACACGAGGAAACGCAUCGCCAGGAAAGGUAUUGAAAACAUGUGUCGAUACAUUAGCGAUGAUACUGUUUUGAAUGCGAACGAUUUUCGUGAUUUGCUCGUUCUUAUUCCAUCUGGUCAGCUAGAGACGGUAACGCCGUACUACAUGAAAGUUGGUUUAGAUAUCGGCCCGAGACGGUUACCGAUUCCAGAUAAACGAAAAGAAGGCGCGCCUUGGGGUCACUUGAUCGCCGGAGGUAUAUCCGGGAUAGUCUCUAGAACGGUAAGUUCUCCGUUGAAUGUCAUCGCAAUUCGCAUCGCGGCUACAUCUGAAGCGACCAUUGCGGCAGCGAAUGCUGCUGCCGCUGGGACGGUAUGUGCCACAUCUGUCGCGGCUGGCGCGCAGACGACGAUAACGAACGGAGCAACCGCGCACGCGUUCCAAACUUUAGGUUCGGGCUUCACGUCUAUUUGGGCCAAGGAAGGAUUUCGCGGUUUCUUUAAAGGAAACAUGGCAAGCUCCAUAGCUUCAGUUCCCGGGAAAGCUAUUGAUUUUUUCGCGUACGAUUUUUAUAAGAAACUCUUGACGAAAGGGGGUGAUCGAGAUCCAGAAAAUUGGGAAAGAUUUGCCGCCGGCGCUUUAGCCGGGAUGACUUCGGAUACAAUCAUGUACCCUCUCGACGUGAUUUCCACGCGAAUUUCCUUGAAUCGAACGCGCGAUGCGAGGAACUCGCUGAUGCAAAUGGUCAACGUCGUCAAAGAGACGGGAUUGCGUGGCUGCUACGCCGGUUGGUCGGCGGCUAUGAUUGGCGUCAUUCCGUACGCCGGAAUCUCAUUCGGCGCGUACGAUACGUUCAAAUCGCAAUACAAGAAAAUACAAAAAAUAGACGAAGACGAGAGCAUUGGAUCCGGACCGACGUUGAUGUGCGGCUUAAUGGCUGGUUGGUUAGCCUCCACGGUAUCUUAUCCUUUGUAUUAUUGCACCGUUCGCUUACAAGCGGGACAAGUUCCGUUACUUCCAAACGGGAAGUUACCCAGAGUGGACCAACUCAUUGUGAACACCGUUCGAACGUGUGGCUGGAGAGAUAUGUUCCGCGGCUAUUUGCCAUCGUCUCUGAAACUCAUGCCACAAGCUGGAUUUUCGUUUCUCACCUACGAGUUAGUGCAAGAACAACUCGAAAAACGUUCUAAAGCGCUCUCUCGAAAAAUGAACUACGACGAUAACGAGGAGGAAAAGAACGACGUCGUCGUCUUUGCCGACGUCGCGGAAAAGAACGACAGCAAGAAGAAGAACUGA